AUGAUCCGUUCGCCCUCCCAUUGGCUACUUUCGAUCGAGACCCAAGCCAUCAAUGUCACCAGUGUGUUUAUCGCCGUGCAACAGGCCGCCCUAGACGUUUCGCAUCUCUCGGGUUUUGCACCAAGGACAUUCAUCUACACAGUAAAUAUUCGGAGCGUUACAAUACUCCCGUCAUUUCUCGACUCAGGCAUGGGCAAAUUCUAUUAUGGCGACGAACAGAAGGCCGACGGAACGGCAAAGACGCAGGGCCCGUGGCUUCAGAUAUUCGUCAAGGGCAUAAGAUCUGCCUCGCCUGACGACCGUUACCCGUAUAGGAUCAAGACCAAAGAGCCCUUUUUCUGGAUCGCCGACACUAAUUGGGAGCUUUUCCACAAGCUCAAAGGCACAGAUGUCGACCUGUAUCUCGCGGGUCGCGCUGGCUUUACUUUCCUGCGCCCCUGGGAUUCUCGCAAGAACUACUUCACAUGCGCGACGAAUUUAGACGUCCUCGCCACCGACUAG